GAAUCUUGAAUCAGUAUUAUGAAGUAUCACCUGUUUCUUUUUUCUCCCAGUGAGAACCACAAUGGCCACAGCGAAGUACACCCUGGUUGGAGAGACACUUCGGCUGGUCAUACCCAGCCACAUGCAGUGUGCCAUCGGAUGUGGCGGCCGAGCGUGCAAAUACGAAGACCCGUCUUACUGGAGUCCAGACAAACAGGCCAUCAAAGGACUCUACUCCUCCUGGGUGACUGAAAACCUGCUCGCUACGGCACGGCCGUCAACCGAAAUCAUAGAAAAGUACAACAUCGUUGAACAGUUUCAAAGAUGUGGUUUGAGGACGGUUAUAAACCUGCAGCGACCCGGAGAGCAUGCCAACUGUGGCAAUCCGUUAGAGCCCGAGAGCGGCUUCACUUACCGGCCCGAGACCUUCAUGGAGGCUGGCAUAUACUUUUACAACUUUGGAUGGAACGACUAUGGCGUGGCUUCUCUCGCCACAAUCCUGGAUAUGGUGAAGGUCAUGUCCUUCGCCUUACAGGAAGGAAAAAUGGCUGUUCACUGUCACGCAGGCCUUGGUAGAACAGGUGUUUUAUUAGCCUGCUUCUUGGUCUUCACCUCACGGAUGACCGCAGACCAGGCCAUUUUAUUUGUGCGAUCUAAGCGUCCCAACUCCAUCCAAACCAGAGGACAGUUGGUGUGCGUCAGGCAGUUUGCUCAGUUCCUCGUUCCGCUGAGGAACCUGUUCGCCCACGCUGAGCCGAGAGCCAACCCCGUCACCCUUUCCCAGUACCUGAUCCGUCAGAAGCACAUGCUGCACGGGUACGAGGCUCGGCAGCUCAGGUACAUGCCAAAGCUCGUCCUGAUCAUCUGCAGACUCUUACUGGACAUUGCGGAGAACCGGCAGGUUAUCGAGGAGGACAUCCUGGAGGUUCCUGACGUCACGUCAGACGAUGAAAGCUCUGUAUCUUAUACUCCUGUGCCACAGUUUACCAACCAUAUGGUGUCUGGAGGGAUUACUAUGAUCCAGCCACGACUUCCCGGUCUCCCCGUGUCUCCUAGGGAUGCGUCUCAGCCACCUCUUCACUACGCCCGCAAGAGCCUUAGCUACAGCGACUCGGACCUCCGCAGGCUGGCUGACACCCUCAACCUCACCGGAAACCCUCUGGCUGUUUUAGCCUCCCUUACCCCGGCCAAGGAUGCAUCCCAGAGAGACCCGUCUCAACAGGGCAACGCCAACCCCCAUGGAACUCCAAACAAGCUGGUGACCCACGGUUCCUGCAGUAACCUCUGGGAGCUGAAGACAAUCAAGGAUCAGAAGGAGGGAUGCUUUCUGCUGAACACCCGGCGGCAGUCCGUCCUGCAGCGCAGCCAGUCCCUCGGCGUAUCCGAUAAUUCAGACAAGAGAAGCACCUUCGCCAGGCUGCUGUCCUGGAAGAAGGAGACCAAAGAUGAUGCUGACCAUAAAGGGACCAAAACUGGCAAAGUGAAUCACGCUAGAGACGAGGAGGAGGACCGGCUGUCGGAGGUACCCUUCAUCACCAUCCAGUCAGAGCUGAACCUGGAGGCUCGGCGCCUGCUGGUGGCUCAGUCGCUGGCCGUGGAUCUCAACCAGGAUGGGAUGGAGGAGCACAUCCAGAAGGUCUCUGCUUGGCAGACAGAUCUGAAUUAUCAGGGGGCGUGGGAGCGGCUGUGUCUGGAGCGAGACCCCUUCAUUCUCACUGGAAUACUGUGGUCUUGGCUGGAGCAGCUAAAGGAGCCCAUCCUCUCAGCUAAAGACAUCCAGGCCCUGGAUCUCCCCAACCCAGACCCAAAGACUGUCCUCAGCUCACUAGAGCGGGCACCUAGAGAAAUACUCGUUUCUAUAUUGGACUGUUUUGCUCAUUUGCUGGUCGUACCUGAAGAGGUGGAGGAUGCUUUUGUGGAGCGAAUUAUAAAGGCUUUCACAAAGGUGAAGAAGGUGAGCGACGGGCAGGACGUCUACAGGAUAAUGGAGACAGUCCUGAAGCGAGUUUUACGGGACAUGAGGAGCACUGCCAUGGAGGAGACGCCACAGCAAUAGAAGUCAGUGGUACUGAUUACUGGAAGAGUCUGCUGAGUGCCUCUGUGUUCAAGUGUGACCCUUUUCUUAAUUUGGAGAACUUUUUUUGUGUUGGAAACAACUGUGACUGUAUGUAUUUGCCAACACUGUAAAUAAUAUACAGUCAGGCCAACUUAAAAUGCUUGCAGUUAGAUCGCAGGGCCACCUGAUAACUGUGAAAUCACACUACAUAAAAAAACAGUUCUGAGUAAAAUACAGAAAAUAUUAAAGUCUGUUUUAUCUAAAAUUAAAAAUUUCCAAACAUUACUCAAUUACUUUGGGUUAAGUGAACCAGGGCUGCAACGAUUAGUUGAUAUAAUCGACAAUGUCGAUUAUUAAAAUUUUUCGACUACAAAUUUCAUUGUCGACCAAUCGUUAAUUUGUUAUGGCAUUGCAUUACACAAAGUGCUGGGGACAGAAACGCAAUGGGAGAUGGGUAAAUGAUUACAUAUUUACUCACUGUAUAUCAGUACUCUCCAUAUUUAAACAUUUCCAAACAUUUAAACGCCUUUUAAAUCUCAUGUUCAGCUGUUUCUAUCUUUUUUAGAGAUGGAGGACAUGUCAGAAAUAAUUGUUGACUAGUCAACUAAUCGAAAACAUAAUCAUCAGAUUAGUCGACUACUAAAAUAAUCAUUAGUUACAGCCCUAAAGUCAACAUUUGUGGCUACAUACAGGGGUUGGGCAAUGAAACUGAAACACCUGGUUUUAGAGCACAAUAAUUGAUUGUGGUGACGGACAGUUCUGGUGGAAACAGGAGAGUUGAGGUGCACAUUGAAUUCUGCCGUGAUUUGAUCAGCCGAGGUUUUAUUUUUUUUGGAUACAAUCCGGGUUAGCACCCGAACAUCCCUUUCAGACAGCUUCCUCUUACAGCGUCCACAGUUAAUCCUGUUGGAUGUGGUUGGUCCUUCUUGGUGGUAUCUCGCUGACAUUACCCUGGAUACCGUGGCUCUUGAUGCAUCACAAAGACUUGCUGUCUUGGUCACAGAUGCUCCAGCAAGACGUGCACCAACAAUUUGUCCUCUUUUGAACUCUGGUAUGUUUCCCAUAAUGUUAUAGUGUGCAUUGCAAUAUUUAGAGCAGAACUGUGCUCUUACCCUGCUAAUUGAACCUUCACACUCUGCUCUUCCUGGUGCAAUAAUGUGCAAUUAAUGAAGAUUGAACACCAGGCUGCUCCAAUUUAGCCAUGAUGAAACCUCCCACACUAAAAUGAUGACAGGUGUUUCAGUUUCAUUGUCCAACCCCUGUAUACAGUACAUUUAAAUGGGAUGUUUGACUUGAAUUAACCUUAUAUAACAAUUGAGCUUAAUCUGCCAUUGACCACUUCUUUUCUAUUGGCACCUGGUGUUUGUGUUGGCAUAGCAUGGCACAGCACAUGGGUUUUUUUCGUUGGUGUCUACUGAUUAAUCUAUAAUAAUAAUAUUAAUUAAUAUUGCACUUCUUGCAGAUUUGCACUCUUUCAAAUAAUAUUUUUAAUAAAAAUAUAUUUAAUCAUCCAGCCCUGAUGCAGAUCAUGAGAAUUAAUCUGCUGCUCUUUGCCCAAGGCAUCAGCUGUAUUUUAUAUAUAUUUUAGAAAAUACACUUUAAUGACACAAAGUGAAAAAAAAAGUUGUGCCAUGAUGGUUAAACUUGAAUCUAUUGGUUUUAUAAUACUAUUUUGUACCAUAUUUGUACAUACAGUUUAAAUGUAGAAAAAUAAUUUUGAGAAAGACAUUUAAGAAUAUUUUCUAUUAUAUAUUUUAUUGUUGGAAAUAUCAGCAGUUAUUUACAGGAUUAAGUCAUAUGGUUUAAGGCAAACACAGCAAACAAGAAAAUACCUCAGGCAUCUGUACCUUUAACAGCCUUAAGAUGUAUCACUGGUUUAAACACUUCAGUAGAACUGUUUUAAUGUAAACUGCUGUAAUAAAAGUGUUUUUAUUUCUUGCA